AUGGCUUCAAUAGCUUUAUUGAGUUUAAAGAAAAAAAAUUUAUUUGGCAUUUUAUUUGAAAAAGAUACUUUAACAACAAAUUCAUUUUGGUCUUUUGCUAAACAAAAACAUCCUGAAUUAGCAGAUUUUGCAAACAAACUAUUAAGCAUACCAGCAUCGACAGCCCAGUUGGAGAGAGUUUUUUCAAAUUGGUCUUAUAUACAUAAUAAUUUGCGAAACAGAUCAUCUCCUGAACAUUCAAAAAAGUUGUUAGCAGUAUACUAUUCGCUCAAAAUAGAAGAAAAAGACAACCAAUCAAAUGAUUAUUAA